GCCGAAAUCCAGGGUUCUCAGAGCAAUAAUCACUAAUAUAAACAUGACGACGCCUUCCCCCACCACCUAUUUCUUGCGACGCGAUCGAUCCGAAGCGGUUCGCCUCGACGCGCAACAUCUCCUGUGGCAGCUGCACACAGGGUAUCUCCUGCACCCAGAGAUUCCCCGCAAAGAUGGGAUCGCGAUUGCCGACAUUGGAGCCGGAACGGGAAUCUGGGCCCUUGAACUUGCCCCCAAGCUCCCCCCAGACGCUCGCAUCAUCGCCUUCGACAUUGCCGACACGCAUUUCCCGGCAAAGGAGUAUUGGCCCGCGAAUGUGCGCUUCGACCUGCUCGACUCGCUCAGCCCGACGAUCCCUGAAGCACUAAUCGGUCAGUUCGACGUGGUGCAUCUGCGCAUGUGGGCCUUCAUUAUCCGGGAUAACGAUCCGAGUGCACUGAUUCGGCAUGCUUCGAGAUUGCUGAAACCAGGUGGCUAUCUUCAAUGGGAAGACGCUCGAUUCGGCAGUAUCGUGCAGCGUGGUCUUCCUGCUCAGCGAUUCCGGGAAUUGAUGAAUCGGCAGACGGUCGUGACUGGGCAUGAUUUCCGGUGGCUCGACAACCUCGCCCACCACAUCCAAACCACUGUCUUAGACGACAAAGACCAGAGAUUAGAAGUGAUUGAGUGCCGGCAGCAAACCUCCUGGGCCACCCCACAGCUCAUUCCACUCGCCACGGAUACCUUCAUGUUGGCGUUAGAGAAUAGUAGUGCCGUGCUAGAUAAACUGCGGGCUGUGGCGCCUUCGGUGCCGAGUCAGGAGGAGUGGUUGACCGGUCUGGCGGCUUUGCAUGAGGAUGUCAUGCGGAAACAGCCUAGCGAUGAAAAAGACGAAAGAGGGGAGUUUCAUUGGCUUCCCGUUUGUUUGUUGGGGAGGAAGAUGCGGUCCUGAUUUCAGUGAGGUCAUUCCAUUGUUUGUCGAGUGGCACCAAGAGGGACUUAGUAUGAGUUCUGCGUGGGAGGGAUGAGGCUAUUCGAGUUCGAGAAAAGUUACCAGGAGGACGUCGAAGGCAUUCGAUCGUUGCGCGGCGUGAGAAUUAUGGCGUGAGAGGGUUCAGUAUCACUACCACCUGGGACAAAGGGGUUUCCAAGGGAAAAGUGUCCAAGUGUUCUAUUUAUCGAUACUCAUUUGAUCUAGGGAUAUAAUACUUAUUCAACUUACUUACGUCAAUAGAGGCUACAGGCG